CAGUCGUCUAACUCUGUUGCAUGGUUUCGCUCUGGUGUUUGGACGAAUGCCGACAUCCGGGCGUGGAACAACCAUUGCUCGAGACUAGAAUCGUCCGGCGCACAUUUGAUGGGAAUGGAAGAGGUAGUACAAUGGCAGUGAGGGACAUUGGCACAUGAUGAUUAAGCUGCGAAAUUUCUUACCGUAUGCCUUGCGCGCAUGGCAAUGACGUCGAAGGCGUUCAGGCGGGUGAGUGACAAAAGACUUGACAGUUUGUCACUGCCCAUCCAUGAUUGGCUCGUGUAAUCGGAACGUGGCCUCCUUCGGCGACUUGCCUUCCAUGGCACCCGCUCAUAAGAUGGUUGAGACGGACGGCAAGGCAAGGUACCCAAGAUCAUCGCAACGACUUUAUUUCCGAUUGCGCCGGAGCCUGCAGUACUUAUCACUCGCAUUUCCAGGGUCUUUCUGCCUUGCACAUCAUUUCCUAAUCAAAAUGCACGAAAGCGAGGGCGCCAGCCAUGCGUGUAAUUUUAUAUGUCGGCUGAGAAGAUGGACCGGCCCCAAAGAUGAGAGGACCGGGGCCAACGAUACAUAUCAAGGAAUGAUUUCUGUGUGGAGGUGGUUUCGCUCCUCCCUUCGAGAACCAUGUGCAGAAUUCCUCGGGACGCUGGUCAUGGUACUGUUUCUGGAGGGCGUUGUUGCCCAAAUCACCAUUUCCGAUCGAAAAAAUGGCUCGUAUUUGUCGAUCAGCAUUGUCACGGGCAUCGCGGUCAUGCUGGGGAUGUUAAUUGCAGGUCCGGUCUCGGGGGCCCAUCUGAAUCCGGCGAUUACUCUUGCUUUUGUCGCAUUCGGGCGGUUCCCUCUUCGAAAGGCUCCUGGAUUCAUCAUCUCUCAGCUUCUGGGUGGCUUUACUGGAGCAGCCCUAGUUUAUGCCAACUACAGAAGCGGCAUUGAUUUCAUUGAAAGGCACAACAUUCGCACCCAUACAACAGCAAUCAUAUUCAGCACUUACCCCCAGCCAUAUCUCACUAAACUUGGUCAGCUAUUCUCAGAGUUUCUGGCUACAGCUCUUCUGAGUAUGGGCAUAUUUUCGAUUUCGAAUACUGGGCAUGCACAAGUAAUCCGUGAUUUGGCGCCUUUGUGGGUUUUUCUCCUCAUCCUUUGCAUCGGUGGUGCACUCGGCCUCGAGACGGGUUACGCUAUGAAUAUGGCUAGAGACUUUGCCCCCCGUUGCUUUGCCUAUUUUGCUGGUUACGGGCCUGAAGUCUGGACGUAUGGGGACUAUUAUUGGUGGGUCCCUGUUGUUGCUCCAUUUUUGGGCGCCUUAUUUGGAGGACUCGUCUACAAGGCCUUUGUAUACGAUGAUGAUUUGUCGGUCAAGUAAAUACUAUGUUAUUUUGCACCCACCACCUAGUACGGUCGUACCCGGAGGGCCAGCACAUCUAAAAUCCCUGUUGUCCUUAAGCCUACACUUGUUUUGCUGCUUGGGGCGGGGGUUUCGCUCUUACAGGGCCCCCUUGAGUUCCAUCCACAAACAGAUUGAUCUCCUCAAUUUCUCGGAAUUCUUUUGCGCACCGCCUGAGACAGAUCCCAGGUGAACUAAGUGGCGUCUCCGACACCGGUAGCAACACCUAAUGUUCUUUUCUGGCUUCGGUGGAUAACCUAAAUCUCCUUCACUUACCCUGUUUCCUGUUGAUGUGUACACAGAGAAGUAAGGACCCGGAAACUAGAGCUGUGCAACUACCAAAUAUGUCAGUCUAUAUGGGAUUUCGAACCAUCAGCACAGUCAAACACAAAAUUGAGGUAAUCGAUUAAAACUCAAGUUGCGAGCCUGAAACAUGCGGACUUUACAAGUUCAGAAACUUAUUCUGCUUUGUCUGGGGUAAUUCGACAAAAUUGGAAAGGGACCAGUCCGUUAUGUCUCCAACUGAGAGGGACCGACUCAUGCUUUGACGGCAUAGAUCUUGAAUGAACCUAGAUGGCGUUUAGUAAAUGCUAAGGACAAUGGGCUUCAAGAAAUAUUGCCACACGUACCCGCCCACUCAUUGAAAUCCAAGCCAGCGAAGUCAUUUCUGCUGGCUUCGGAAGCAUCAUCUUGCUCGGCGGCCUUGUUAUUACAACAAGAAGGCGACUUCUCACAGCAGGGGUUCUUCGCGUCUGUACCACAGCAUUGGCUUGAAGUUUCAGCCCCUUUGCCCUUGUACACAUUCAAGUCAUGGUGGGCGUCGACAAUGAGAAUUUCUGUUCACAGCGGUAGAGCAUCAGCAGA